CCGAAGAAGAAUACGGAAGUUGGCGUCUCAAUGGUCGAGAAGCAAAAAGCGAGGGUGAUGCGGUGAAAUUGCUUCACAAGUCAAAGAGAAAAAAAAAGAAAAAGAAUCUUUCCGCACAAGGAAGAAGAGCGAAUGGCAACUACAACAGAUGAAUGCAGUCUCCUCCACUCAAAUGACCCAAAGUGAGUUCUGUAGUCUUCAAUCUAGGUAAAGCGAGCUCGAUUGAUUGGACUCGCCACCCAGUAGAAAAGCGAACGAAGACAACAUUGGCUGACUGCGAUCAGCAGAUCAAAAUCCACCAAAAGCCCGACUGUUUCCAAAUUUGCAGGUAAACCUCAUCCUUGGAAUGAAAGUGAUCUGGACUGGGUGUCCAGCACAAACCUAUGCUACAGUCCACAUCACACCUCCACCACCAAGUGUCUGCAACAGCACCACCACGUCAAAGUCGAGAGGGAAUAAGAGAGUAGCAGACAUGCAACAACUGAGUGGUUGCCAAGAAGAACCCAUGCCCCCUCAUGAAGCAGAGGAUCCACUGCCCUUGCAAAUCAAGGAGGAAGAGGAGGAGUCCGAUGUCACCAAGUUGUAUUGUACGAGCGUCCAGCAGGAACAACUUCAUCAUCAGCACCAGGUGGAGAGCUCCACUUUUGAGCAAGACUGUCAACGGCCCUCUCACAUUAAGGAGGAAGAUCCAGAGCCACAAUCUGUUAAGGAGGGAGAGGAGGCUUCACAGCCACCUUGCGUUAAGGAGGAGGAGGCUUUGCCACUGAACGUCAUUGUUAUGACGAGCGAAGACGAUUUAGACAAACCAGCCAAGUGGUUACAGCUCCAUCAUCCAAGUCCAAGUGGAAAGCAUCAUGCUGGACCACCACCAGAUGACCAUUUAGCGCCGGUGUCAGACGAUGACAUGGAAGAACCAUCAAGGAGCGACGCAGACUGGGAAGGUGAUGACAAAAUGUCCAAAUGCUCUGAGAAGGAAACCACUCGCAGCAGGAAGAAAACUUCGCCAACAUGUAAAAAACAUGUUAUCUGCUCAGUUUGUGGUAAAAAUGUUGCUAAAGAAAAAAUUAUAAGGCACAUGAGGACCCACACGGGAGAAAAACCCUACAGUUGCUCAAUUUGUACCAAAACCUUCUCAUCGAGAGAUUAUGUGAGCACACACAUGCGAACACACACGGGAGAAAAACCUUUUGGCUGCGCAUUCUGUAAUAAGACAUUCUCGCAUAAGUCGCACGUGAUAACGCACGUGAGAAUACACACAGGAGAAAAACCCUAUAGUUGUUCCGUUUGCGGGAAAACAUUUGCGUCCAAGGAUUAUGUGAACUCGCACAUGAGAACGCACACCGGAGAAAAACCCUUUAGCUGCUCACUGUGUGAUCGAACCUUCUCUCAAAAGCCACAUCUGGUAACACACAUGAGAACACACACGGGGGAGAAACCCUUUAGUUGUACUGUUUGUGGUAAAAGCUACGCUCACAAGAACAGUUUGACCACACACAUGUGGGGACACUGCUAAAUGAUUUAACCAAAGCGGAUCCCAUCUUUUUAUUAUUUAAAUUUGAGUCUGAAAGCCACAAACACUAUUCUGUUGUGCAGAACAAAUCCCGUUGUCGUCAUCGUCGUACCGCUCAGCUGAUUCAUCGUCUUGAUGGGAGUUACGCGGUUCCCACGUUUGUGUUGUUCCACAAUCUAAGUACUCAUGGACUUAACUGUGUUCUCAAAGAGUGAAUGUCACAUAUAUAUAUAUUUUUGUUUUUCAUUCAGACAAAUUGGAAUCUGGCUUCUUAACAACUGAUUUAUCAUUUGUUCUGCUGUCGUCAUCAAUGCCCCUGGUCAUGUUUUACAAAAAUGUUUACUGCCGUUAAUGUAUUGUGUGUUACACCAUGUUACAUAUUAAACAUUGUAUAAAAACUGUCUGAAAA